GGAGUGGAACCGUCACUUGGUUGUGCGUCUAUCACCAUGGUUGACACGCAUAUAGGAACGAGUACCUCCCCGUACACAACAGAAGAGGAGGCGAAAGCCGCCGCCAUCCUGAAAGAGAAAAGAGAGAAGGAGGCCAAGAAGAAGGCCUUGCUGGAAGAACAGGUGGCGAAGAAGAAGAAGAUUGAGGAAGAGAUGGUGAGAGAAAUGGAGAGGUUGCAAAAGGAGGAGGUAGAAAAACUCUGAGCGGUAGAGGAAGAAGAGGUAGAAGAACAACCACUGGAGAGGAGAAUGACAAGAGAAAGAGCAAGACCCAAUGGUGCAAAGCAAAAAAGAAGAAGAUCGAGGAAGAGAUGGUGAGAGAAAUGGAGAGGUUGCAAAAGGAGGAGGUAGAAAAACUCCGAGCGGUAGAGGAAGAAGAGGUGGAAGAACAGCCACUGGAGAGGAGAAUGACAAGAGAAAGAGCAGGACCCAAUGGUGCGAAGGAAGAUCCGUUGGAGAAGAAGAUUAUGGAAUGGGUGGCCAAUCUUUCACUGGGAGAAGAGGAGGAGGCAUUGAUGUAUGUAACCAUGGAAGAGCAGGAGGCGGCCAUGAAAGACUGGAAUGUAGAGGAAGAUCCACUCAAGCGGCAGGCAAUAGAAGAUGAAAAGAGGAUGGAGUGGAAGCUGCGGCCGAUGAGGGAACUAAAAAGAAGAGUGGACGCAGUGAGCCAGGCGGCAAGGGAAUUGGAAGAAGUAAAGAAACAGGGAGAGCAGAUGGCGGCGCAGGCGGACCUGUUGGGGAAGAUGCAGGGGCUUCGCACGGAGUUAGUGAUGCAGGUGGGCUCAGAGGUGAAGGCCCGCCUAGAGAACACAAAGCGUUAUUGCGUGGGCGCCAUAGAAGGCGCCAGGCUGGCUGCACCCAAGGAAGAAGAAGCACGUCCUCGUAGGGAGCCUGUCAAAGUGAAAUGUCCUGACUCCUAUAGUGGAAAGGAGGAGGAGAACUUUGACAACUGGGAAGCGAAUACUAAGACCGGGAUUUUGGGAGGCGGCGGACGCGAGGAGGGUGGAGGGCAAGGGGAGAUGGGAGAUCCCAAUGGCGGAAGGGAGGGUUGGCACACACAGCGCGAUGUGCAGCGGUAUGGCGGGAGGAGGCGGAUGCGAGGUGGGGGGAAGGCAAGGCGAGAUGGGAGAUCCCAAUGGCGGAAGAGAGGUGGGCGAAGGCUGACAGGAGGUCAUCAGAGGCGGUCAGGAGGUGGUCGGAGGUCAAGGGGAGGCGGAGAGGAGUUGGCGGGAGGAGAUGGAGGAAGGAGGCGGACGGGAGGUGGCGGAGGCGGAGGAGAAGUGGUGGAGACGGGGGAGGAAAGGGAAAGAGGACGUGGACGAAGACCUAGUCACCUUGAAGUACAGCCUUUCAAGUCACGGGUCGAGGGCGUGAAGUCAAAGGCGGGGGGAGACAGAGGGGAGGUGAGCGGAGAUGGAGGGGAGGUGGGCAGAGACAGAGUCACCUCGGAGUACAGCGUUGCAGGUCUCGGGUCGAGGGCACGAAGUCAGAGGCCGUUCGACGCGAGCAGGGCCAUAGAGCCACAGCCGCCUCCGGCCCUGGAAAGGGCCAAUGGCCAGCAGGUGCCAAGGCAGUUCUUUUACGAUGGGCCCUCUUUUCAACGGCCACGCCGAUCCAGGCCGCCCGCGGUCCUACCGGCCCAAUGGCUCGGAUCGUCCUGCGAUCUUAAGACUUUAAGACCAUGCGACGAUCCAGGCCGUCCGGUGAGGCGGACGGUCUGGAUCGCCGCGCGAUCUUAGUCUUGAAGUCUUAAAGUCUUAAGAUCACGCGAAAAUC